AUGGCAGCGGAGUCCACCAUCCCCAUCUGGCAGAACAAACCCCACGGCUCAACGCGCAGCUUUGUCAGGAGGAUUGGGUCAACCCUCCCUCUGAGACCCUGUCCCAGGGCAACCUUUGAGGUUCUACCAAGUGUUUCUGAGCUCUAUUUAAACGAUGUCUCCCCAGUCCCCACCUUGGCAGACAUUGUGUGGAUUGCAGCCGACGAUGAAGAAACGUACGCCAGAGUCAGAAGUGACACUCGCCCGCUGAAGCACACGUGGAAGCCAAGUCCCUUCACUGUCAUACAGCGAAAUGCUUCGGUGCCCAACCUGAGGAAGCAGGAGGAGAAGCUGCUGGCCUUGAAGAAACCUGGGCUACCAGCUCUGAGCCGAACUACAGAGCUCCAGGAUGAGCUGAGUCACCUUCGGAGCCAGAUCGCUAAAAUAGUCGCUGCAGAAUCAGCUUCUGCUUCAUUAACACCAGAUUUAUUAUCUCCAGGAAGUUCAAACGCAUCUUCUCCUUUACCUUGUUUUGGACCCUCUUUCCAAUCUACAACUUCCUUUGUCAUUAGCGAUAUCACGGAGGAGGAGGCAGAACUGGAAAGCCCUGAGCUCCCCUCAGUCUCCCUGCUCGGUUCUGCAACCUCUGAGUGUUGCAAACCAGAACCCAAGGACCCUGAGGAGGAAGAUUCCGUGUCCCUGUCCAAGGCCAGCAGCUUCGCAGACAUGAUGGGAAUUCUUAAAGACAUUCAUAGGAUGAAGCAGAGCAAAGACUUGAGCAGAACUUCCAUGAAGGAGGAAGACCCAGCGGUCCUUAUAGCAGAGGUUCUGAGAAGGAAAUUUGCCCUGAAAGAUGAAGAUCUGUCCCUGAAGGAGAAAUGAUGACAUUAAACUCUGUAAGCAAAAGUGUCACGCUCCCAAAAUGUUCUCCACAGUAGCUGCCUUCCUAAGGAUUGAGCCUUUUGCCUCUUUUAUUAAGGUUUCUGCACUGGACACUUAGGAAAGACCCGGUGGAUUUGAUGUGUUUUCCAUGUAUUGUUAUAUUUAAAAAAAAAAAAACAACACAACUUUUUAAGA